AGAGAAGCGGAGCGGAUCGUAGUGAAGACGAGUUUCCAUUGGCUAACAUCAACCCGUCGGGGAGAAGGCGGCCGUAUCGAAGUUUUGGGGGUCGUCACUCAUUUGCCAGCAGUGAAAGAUCCAAGUUUCGACGUACCAAUCACCAACGUGACGGCCGUUGUUGGGGACACAGUAACACUGCCAUGUUCCAUCAAAGACCUAGAGAACUACAAGGUGAUGUGGAUAGACCAUAAAAAGAUGAUACUUACCCUAGAUAUGAGACGAAUAAUACGAGACGAGAGAAUCACAAUAGAGAGACCCUUCAUCAGCGACUGGAACCUUUUUAUUCACGGAGUGGAGCUCUCUGAUGCAGGAACAUAUAUGUGUCAGGUCAACACUGUCCCGGUCAAAAGCAAAUAUAUCGUGCUUUCUGUACACGAACCACCUGUUAUCAUUCCUGGAAUGUCCAGCCCACAACAAGUCAUCGCUAAAGAAGGGAAAACAGUUCAGCUCGUCUGUAAUGUGACAGGGGUUCCCGCGCCUACAGUGACGUGGUACAGGAAGUCCAAUCCCAACAGAAAGCACAUCAACAUGGAAGUGAUUGGGUAUAACGGGACGGUUCUUCAAAUACGGAACAUCAGCCGUUCUUAUGACGACGUUUACGGAUGUGUCGCUAAUAAUGGAGUGGAACCGCCCGCUAGCCGAGAAAUUACCGUAUCACUACAGUUUCCUCCAGAGGUACGUGUACAAAACAGGAAAAUACAAGAAAAACGCGGUAAAGAAACAAUACUGGACUGCCGAGUGACAGCGAACCCUCAACAAAACAGUGCAUGGACGAAAAACGGCAUCACGAUUGAAAAUGAUGAAACGUUUGAAAUUGAUCUAUAUCGAAACUACAGAAACACUUUGACUUUGAGUUUAAAGAUAUCCGACAUCCAGAAUUCUGACUACGGAGCUUAUCGCUGUGAGGCACAAAACGAACUUGGUCGUGAUUUUCAAGAUACAUAUCUUCUCGGUGUAAAUGGUCAACCUGGAUGUUUUUCAUCUGUAAAUGCUAUUUCUAUGAUUGGAAUAUUUACAACUGUCUGUGUGCUGCUAAGGUGAUUCUAGCUUCCUGAAUUGGGAGAAGUGGUGCAAAGUUAUUGGACUGCAGAUUCCAUUGAAUGGUGGAUUUCUCCGCUCAGAAUGACUCGCCUUUAGCUCAAAGAAAACGAAUCUAUUAAUUCGGAAAAUGAGAUCUAGAAACCCGUUAGAUGAUUUUUAGAUGUUUCAUUUUUUUUUCAAAUAAUAAACAGCCAUAUUAGGAAUUACUCACACCUGUUCACGGACAAUGGAUGUCACGUGAUAUUGAGAGUUCGAUCCUCUCUGCCAAUGGACGUUGGAAUAUACUUAAUACCAUAAUAGAUCAUGGAAUCAUUGAAUGAUUCAAUAAUUUUAUUACUUUGUGAACUUGAAGAAACUUUCUGUAUCGUAUGUCCGUUGCCUUAUUGACGUAUGCACCAUAAAGAAAGCAAAUGUUUUCUUAUCAUAUGGGAUAGAUGACCCAAUUCACCACUGUUUUAUUUCUAAUUAACUUACAGUUUGGCAUUCAUACACUGUAAUCUGCAUACUAAUAUCAUAUAUACAUCUGAUUUGUUGGGCCAAAAUACGAAUAAACCUAACAAGCUUUAAUUUUGAGAUGUUAGCCACUGAUAUGUACUUUAUUUAGUUUUGCCAUGCCUGAAAGGAACAAUGUAUACGAACUGUUCAAGGGAAGUGCGAAUGACGGCAUUGAUAGUAGAGCUGAAGUUCAUAGCAUUUUGAAAUCUACAUAGUUUUUUUCACAAUGACAAUGUCCCAAGUAACAACGACUGAAAGGCGAUCGUAUACCUUUUCAAAAAAUUGUAGCUAACUCAAUAACGUUGAUACUUACUCUACACUGAAUUAAAGCACCAAGUUUUAAAACGCAUUGUCAAAUACAAUCAUAGUCUAGAUACACAUCUAAGUGACUAUUAGAGGACAUUUACAAUUAUACAAAACUUUAUGACUAUCACCAAUAAGUAUGUAAAUAUAUAUUCCUUGAAUACAAUAAAUUGAAUGGUGUAAUACGCGCAUUUAAAAUUCAAAAACCGAGAGGUUCGUUGGAGUCCGGUUUUUAAUGUCAUAAAACUUAAUAUUCCCGGAAAUGAGAGAGUGCCAUUCCUUCAAUUAUUGAGGAUUGUAAAGAGCAAACAUUUUGACAUGCGAAGGGAAUGUUUUUGUUUUAUCGAAUGCUAUAAUGUGGUAAAUGGCCGUGAACUGUUACAUCAUCAGCUACCAUGAGUGUGAAUUAUAAAUUUAUGUCCAUCGGGCUACUUCUUAUUCACUGAUUUAAAAUUCAUAGCACACGGUAAUUGAGUUUUAAAAAAAUUCCGAUACCAAAAUGUAUAAACUAGCUUCUCUGAAAUGUUUAGGCAUUCAUAUUUUGUCGCAUUUCAUCUUUUUUUAUCCAUUAAACAUUGAUGUGUUGCA